AUGAGCAGCAGUCGGAUCGAUUUGGCGCAGCCUGCCUCCCAACAGCCGAACCUUCGGGUGACAAUCAUCGCCGCCGACGGCCUCUACAAGCGAGAUGUCUUCAGAUUUCCCGACCCUUUCGCUGUAGCGACCAUUAACAGCGAGCAGACGAAGACGACCCAGGUUUCGAAGAGAACCCUCAACCCAUACUGGAAUGAGAGCUUCGAUUUUAAGGCAAACGAGGAUAGUAUCCUGGCUAUCCAGGUGUUUGACCAGAAGAAAUUCAAGAAAAAGGACCAGGGCUUCCUCGGAGUCAUCAAUAUCCGAAUUGGCGAUGUCAUUGAGCUGGCUCCUGAUGCCGAUGACCAGAUGCUCACGCGCGAUCUCAAGAAGUCGACAGACAAUCUUGUAGUGCACGGAAAGCUCAUCAUCAACCUAUCAACCAAUUUAUCGGCACCACCUCGUGCAGCCCAGCUGAUGCAGUCACCUCCGUCCUCGAGCAGACCGUCUCUUCUCAGUCCUCAAGGCUCCACGGUGACAAACGGCGACCGAGUAUCUGACAGACCCUCUUCGGCCAUGUCGGGACCCAACGGCAGCAUCAACGCGGGAUCGCAGUUGACUAUCCCUCUUCGCCCAGCAAGUUUAACAGCGUCGCCUCCCGCCCCCUCGGCCGGCGCAAAUGGUUCGGCACAUCGGCAGACCACGAGCAAUUUGAGCCCCUUCGAAGACUCGCAAGGCCGUUUGCCAGCCGGCUGGGAGCGUCGCGAGGACAAUCUGGGCCGGACCUAUUACGUUGAUCAUAAUACCAGAACUACGAGCUGGAACCGACCAACGGGCACUGGGGCUGUCGACACGCGUGUUGCAGAGGCUGCCACACAAGUCGAGCGCCAGAGACAUCAGAACAGAACACUCCCCGAGGACCGCACUGGCGCAAACUCGCCGACACUGCAAGCGCAGCAGACGGCCGCGACACAGAAUGCGGCUGCUGCCACCAUGAUGCACACAGGAACCACGAGCCCGGGAACUGGCGAGCUUCCCCCUGGCUGGGAGCAAAGAUGGACCCCUGAGGGGAGACCAUACUUUGUUGAUCACAACACGCGCACCACGACCUGGGUGGACCCACGGCGCCAGCAAUACAUUAGGAUGUACGGGGGCCAGAAUAAUGCUAACGGCACUAUUCAGCAGCAGCCCGUUUCUCAACUUGGCCCGCUGCCCAGUGGCUGGGAGAUGAGACUGACAAACACAGCUCGCGUCUACUUCGUCGACCACAACACCAAGACCACCACCUGGGAUGAUCCGCGGUUGCCGUCGUCGCUAGACCAAAACGUGCCUCAGUACAAGCGAGAUUUCAGGAGGAAGCUGAUCUAUUUCCGGUCGCAGCCUGCUAUGCGCAUUCUUUCGGGGCAAUGCCAUAUCAAGGUCCGGCGGUCUCAUAUCUUCGAGGACUCGUUUGCGGAAAUUUCGCGGCAAUCUGCCACGGAUUUAAAGAAGCGGCUCAUGAUCAAGUUCGACGGCGAAGAUGGUUUGGAUUAUGGCGGUCUUUCCCGAGAGUUCUUCUUCCUUCUGUCCCACGAGAUGUUCAACCCCUUUUACUGCUUGUUCGAGUAUUCGGCCCACGACAACUAUACCCUCCAAAUCAACCCGCACUCUGGGAUCAACCCCGAGCAUCUUAACUACUUCAAGUUUAUCGGGCGCGUGGUUGGUCUCGCCAUUUUCCACCGACGCUUCUUGGACGCCUUCUUCAUCGGAGCUCUGUACAAGAUGGUGCUUGGCAAGUCGGUGGUGCUCGCAGACAUGGAGGGCGUGGAUGCCGACUUCCACCGUUCUCUUCAGUGGAUGCUGGACAACGAUAUUUCGGGCGGUAUUUUGGAGCAGACGUUCUCGACUGAAGACGAGAGGUUCGGUGUCAUCACUGUCGAAGAUCUGAUUCCUAACGGCCGGAACGUCGACGUGACCAACGACAACAAGAAGGAGUAUGUGGACCUCAUGGUCAAGUGGCGAAUCGAGAAGCGCAUCGCAGAACAGUUCCAGGCGUUCAAGGAGGGCUUCCACGAGCUUAUCCCCCACGAUUUGAUCAACGUGUUCGACGAGCGCGAGUUGGAGUUGCUGAUUGGAGGUAUCGCAGAGAUUGAUGUCGACGACUGGAAGAAACACACCGACUACCGUGGCUACACGGAAUCGGACGAGGUGAUCCAAUACUUUUGGCAAACGGUUCGGUCCUGGGAUGGCGAGCAGAAGUCGCGGCUGCUUCAGUUCACGACGGGUACUUCUCGUAUUCCAGUCAACGGCUUCAAGGACCUGCAGGGAAGCGAUGGCCCGCGUCGCUUCACGAUUGAGAAGGCUGGGGAGAUUGGUAACUUGCCGAAAGCACACACCUGCUUCAACCGCCUGGAUCUCCCUCCGUACAAGAACCUGGAGAUGCUACAGGGCAAGCUUACUAUAGCCGUGGAAGAGACUAUGGGUUUCGGACAGGAGUAA